AGAUUUUUAUUUAUUAAUAGUUUCUUUUCUUCCAUUUGUAGUAUAUACAUGUUUAUUAGUAACUAACUUACGUGGAUUAGUUUAAUGAGAUUAUGUUGAUUUCUUAGCUGCUAAGUUCUUGUUAUCCUUCUCUGAUCAAUUAUGGUUGAUUUUAGUUUCAAUCCUGGGGUAGUGGCAUUUGCUUUGCCAAUUAUGGCAUUGCUUAGUAUAAGUGUGGAAUAUUAACAUUUACAGACUAUCUGAGUGUCAUGGUUAAUGGGUGUUUUCUAUGCCUAGAGAGCAAAUUCUCCAAUCAUCUUCUCCUGUUGGUGCUCCAAGAUAGAAGACUGUGAGAUUCGACCCUCAAUUUUCAACCUCAGUUGGAUGGUCAUACUUCACAUAACUUGAUGGGUCUAUGGUUUCAAGUUCUCAGUUGCUUGCUAGCUGUGAUGUCCAAAAUCCAAACCCAGAAGUCAGAUUGCAGCCCCUAUCAAGACUUGCUUAGCUGCCAGACUUCAUCUACUGAUGCCUAUGGCUACCAUUGCAGCUCUGCAGAAGAUCAGUGUGCUACAUAUAUAGUUCUCCAUGUCAAUUCAUACUUCUCCUCACUCACCAACCUCACUUCUUACUUGGGUCUCAACCCUUUUGUGAUUGCUGAUACAAAUGGGUUGUCUCCUGACACAGAAUUCCUCCCUUUAGAUCAGCCAUUAUUGAUUCCUAUUCUCUGCAAGUGUAGUGUUUCUACCGGCUUUUACCAAGCUACAGCCAAUAAAACUGCCGUUAAAGGUGAGAGCUUUUACAGCAUCGCUGGGUCUCUGGAGGGCUUAACCACCUGCAAAGCUAUUCAAGAGCAAAACCCAGGUGUCUCUCCAUGGAAUCUUGAAGAAAAAGCGAAGCUUCUCGUGCCGUUAAGAUGUGCCUGCAGCAAGUCUAAGCUGUCCAAAUUCAAGCUCUUACUGUCAUAUCCCAUAAGAGAAGGUGACACAGUUUCUGGAUUAGCCAUCAAGUUCAACACAACAGAAGAAGCUAUUCUGUCUGCAAAUAAUGAAUCACUUCGGUUAAUCUUCAAGCCAGAUCAAACCCUAUUGCCUUUUUCAUCAAUCUUGAUUCCUGUCAAGGGCAAACCAGUCAUCGGUCCAGCCUUGUUGAAACCCAGAGAACCAAACCUGCGUUUUCCAGCCACUGAUAUCCCCAUAAUUAAAAGGAAACCAAAGAUGUGGAAGGUUGGAGUUUAUAUUGCUGUCACUGGAGUCAUUGUUGGAGCUGCCAUUGCAAUUGCAGUAGUCUUCUUGUUUCUCCAUUUAAAGAAGAUCAAGAAUAAGAAGAAUAAGAAGAAGAAGAAGAAGAAUUCGGAUGUGGAGUUGCAGCAGCUGAGUUUAAGUGUAAGGACAACUAGUGACAAGAAAGUGUCCUUUGAAGGAUCAGGACAGGACCCUAUUGACCGGCAGAGUUUUGAUACUACCCCAAGAAAGGUUCUUAUAGAGACAUACACCAUUGAUGAGCUUAGAAAAGCUACUGAGGAUUUCUCUUCAAGUAACCUGAUAGAAGGGUCUGUCUACCAUGGCCGGCUCAAUGGCAAGAACAUGGCAAUCAAGAGGACAAGUCCAGAAAUUGCUGGGAAAGUUGAUAUCAGUCUAGUCUGUGAUCCAGCUCAUCAUCAUCCAAACAUAAUUAAGCUCAUGGGAACUUGUUUUACAGAUGGUCCUGAUGCAUUCCUAGUGUUCGAGUAUGCGAAAAAUGGGUCCUUAAAGGACUGGCUUCAUGGCGGAUUAGCAAUGAAAAACCAGUUCAUUUCCUCUUGCUACUGCUUCUUGACAUGGAACCAAAGACUGAGAAUCUGCCUUGACAUAGCCCUUGCAUUGCAGUAUAUGCACCAGAUUAUGAAUCCAAGCUAUGUCCAUCAAAACAUCAAAGCCCGAAACAUCUUCCUAGACGAAGAUUUCAAUGCCAAAAUUGCGAAUUUUGGGAUGUCCAGAUGCAUAGAAGACGAAACAGAACAUCCAGACUUCAGCUCCACUAGUCCUGCAACAUGGAGUCUAGGUUAUCUAUCUCCUGAAUAUGUCCAACAAGGGAUAAUCUCCCCCAAGAUGGACAUUUUUGCUUUCGGGGUAGUUUUGGUUGAGGUCUUGUCUGGACAGACACCAGUGAGCAGGCCUGAAAACAAGCAAGAAUCUGGAGGGUCUGUUUGGCUGUCUGAGAAAAUCAAGUCAGUUUUGGUGUCAGAAAACCCAGAUGAGGAACUGAGAGAAUUUGUGGAUAAAGCACUGGGGGAGAAUUAUUCAGUUGAUUCAGUUUUUGUAUUGGCCAAUCUUGCAAGAUCUUGUGUGGAAGAUGAUCCCGGUUUGAGACCAAAUGCUGUACAGAUUGUUGAUAAGCUGUCAAGAUUGGUGGAAGAAGCACAAGAUGGAUCAGAAGAGCAUUUCUUGAUCUGUGAAAGCUCUUGUAAACCUCUUGUAAAACAGUAUUAAUUAAGAAAAAA